UGGGCAGCGCACGUGUCACGUGAAGAGUGUCAUUCGACUCGUCUAUGUCUAGCGGGGAACACACGCGCUCCGGACAUGAACGGCAACCCCACGUCGAGCGCAGGCAUGGCCGUUUCUCAGCAGGUACCUGCUGCCGUCAAGAGUCCAGCUGGGGAAGUUGCGGCCAAAGCGAAAAAGUCUGAACGGAAGAAAAAGCGGAGCAAACCCAAAAGGACCGAACCAUCUCAUCGCCCCGUCGGACCAUCAAACACUGGAGCGCCAACAUUAGACCUCACAGGGCAAACCCUGGAGCCUGCCGGAGCGUAUACAGGGGAGCGAGCUUCCCUCUCGAUGGGUCUUGAAGCCACAGACGUGCAAGAGAAGGACAAGCAACCCAAUGUUGGCACCCGAAGUGCAGACAGUGAGCUCGUGAUGGAAUCGGAAGAAGCCCCUACAGGAUACCCUGGGACCAUAGCGGAACAACCGAAGAGAACCAGUGCGAGGAAUACGCGCAUUUUCCUCCUCUCCGCUGUCGGUGGCGCUGUCCUCGUCAGCGUACUAUUCUACUUCCUCCGGAACAGCCCUUGGCAUGGUGCUCGCGUCACCGGCGAGCGUGACUGGUGCGGAUCUUCAAAGAACUGCCACGACGCUGAAAGGUUCUUUGAAGAUAUCAUCGACUGGAACGCUAACCCUUGCACUGACUUUUACCAACAUAUCUGCAACAGGUGGACGAAGCCAACGCGGUUCUUCAACGCCUAUUUAGACGAAGUCUUGCACGAGCUCAGGAAUGAUAUCUACGUCCAGCUUGACCGAGUCAAAGACAAUCUGGUCCACCGAGACGCAGAACAAGCGAUGUCUGUCUUCUUCAAAAGCUGCAAGAAAUUCAUUAUUGAAAAGAAGGAACUGCGACACCUUGUAAACGACGCCGUCACGAUACUUCGGGUGAACGUCUCGCUGUGGAAAUCCACCACGUCGUUCCAGGACAUCUUUCCGGAAGUAGUCCGCUUGGCGCUCGAGGGCGCACCAAGCGUGGUCCAGAUAAGGUACAAAAGACCCCGUAUAGAAGUGUACUUUGACAUGGGCCCCAGUCUCUCAACAAUGUACGGGCAUGCCAUGGACGACAUGCUUCGGACAUACGUACAAGAUGUGAUUAAAUUCUCUGGAAUGGACGUGGGCGUAGACGCGACUGGCUUGGACCAACGGUUUAGCGAGAUGUACGCGAGAGCGAAGAAGAGGUUGUAUCUGCGUUUUCGCAUCUCUCAACUGAAGAUCGGCAUUGACCCAGGUAUCAUCGUACAGGCCUUGAGGAACUUUCUUCCAAAAUCUAACUUCGAAGACGCUUACAUUCGCGUUCAGAAUCUUGGCGUUAUUCGAAACGCAUUCCGAGAACUCUCCAAUCUUGGUAUCCAGGAGAGAAGCACGUACCUCGUCCUCCUGGCAGUCUCCCACCUUCUUACCCAUGACUUUACGGCCCGCUACAACCUCUUCGAAGGGACCGAACAAAGAGAAUGUCUCAGGAUUACGAGCGAAUAUUUCAGCCGGGCGUACUUUCAGGCCGUCGUCAAUCACUUCCUGCCUUACAACGCAGACAAGGAGGUGUCGACCAUGGAAGCACAUAUCCGAAGACUCUUGCUGGAUGGGACGAGGACAUCGUCUCUCGUUUCUCCCGCAAGCAGAGACCGAGUGGCUCGCGGAAUAAAUACUGCCGUGGUCUGGCUGGCAGGAGCGAGGACGGAUGUCUCCAGAGAGACAGCCUUUCAGUUCCUCGACCGGUCAUUUAUUUCGAACGUCGCGAUGUUGCUGAAGGAACACGUUGAACUGCGAGACACCGAGGAGGACAUGCCGCUUUCGCAGUGGCAGUACAACGGGACCUUCGGGUACGUGAUGGAGAAGGGGAUUGUAUUAACCGUCGCGGUGUUACGUGGAGACAUAUUUUACGGCGACGACAGCUCUCGUUUGAACUACGCGACGGUCGGAACGCUGCUCGCCGAAGGGCUCGUGCAAGCGGGACUUGAUGGAGUCGUUUACCCGCUGGCCGAAUCGGAAAUCGAGGAUGUCAUAUUGUGUUACAAACGUCAUAUUGGAGAAGCGGGGGCGAACGCGACGGACGCAGCCGUACGAGAACUGGUUGCUUUGAAGUUGGCCUUGAAUACCACCUGUGGCGUCAACAGAGGGGGCCUAAGUGAGGAAGAUACGAAGAAGAGCGACCAGAUGUUUUUUCGAAGAUUUUGCCUGAUCAAUUGCGGACGUCCGUCGGGACAUCGGUAUGUUCUUCCCGGAAAGUUCCGUUGCAACUUUGUACUUUCCGAGAGGCCGGAGUUCGCGAAGGCGUUCGAUUGCUCGCCCAAUACGGACAAGUGCCCGUCUUCAGGCCAUUUGUGACUCGGGGAAUCUGUUUCAUAAUGAUGAGAGUGAUUUACACUUGAAAAGAAAUUGAAGUAGUUCCCAUAAAAUACCCUAAUAUACCUUACAAUAAACAUAUACACAAAGAACA